AUGCACGCAGUCGCUAUCACAAGCUUUGUAGUUGCCCUUAUGGGUACUGUUACUGCUCAGACCAGCUCAGUUGUCAACCUCCAUCUUAUGGGAUUUGACGGUGGUGAUGAUCAACCUCCAUUCGUUGGUUCAAUUAUUGCUUCCGACGCUACCGCCACUACGUAUUCAAUUACCUGUGGUUCUACAACCGCCAGUGCUGCGCCAACCUCGGCUUACUUUGACGAUGAAGACGACUGUGGUAUUCCAGAUAGCUUUACCUUUACCCAAGGUCCAUCCACAAUCGCAUAUGUUUACACGAUUGAUUAUGCUUUUGACAUUACCAUGAUUCAAACUGCUUCUGAUGCUGCACCAACAGGAUCUGGUCACGCCGUCGGCUGCGUCAUCUCCAAUUCCUCUUCCGCUUACUGCACCGGCAUCAACGUCGAGUCUAGCGGUACAUCGACCAUUUCCUCAGACGCUAGCACAACCGUCACUGGUACCGAUUUCUCAAGUCUCUUAUCCGGCAUUCCUGUUACCAUUACCGCUGGAUUGGCAAGUACUACCAGUUCUGCCACUCCAACUACAUCUGGCGCCUCAGCGACUGGUGCCUCAGCGACUGGUGCCUCAGCAAGCGGUUCAAGUAAAUCCAGCACGUCUGCUUCAUCGUCUGCUUCGGGCCCCACUGCUUCUACUGGAGGUAUGCCAAUGAUUACUGCUAAGGCGCAAUGGGUUGUCGGAGGUGCUGCUGCUGCUAUGGUUAUGGCUGCUUUGUAA